AUGAGUACAUUCAACCUGACCUCCCCCUCAAAACCAACCACAACCCCCCACUCCCGCCCAUCUACCUCCUCCUCAGACGACAUCGACACCCUCCCCUACCCAGCCCCUCUCUCCCGCUCCGACUUCCUCUCCCCAACCUUCGACCCCGCAACCUACCUCUCCACCCUCCGCAACCGGCACCAAACCCUCGAAGAUCUACGCUCCGACUUACGAUCUCGCUCACAACUCCUCAACCGGGAACUGUUGGACUUGGUGAAUGACAACUAUGAGCACUUCUUGGGACUGGGAGAUGACUUGAAGGGUGGAGAGGAGAAAGUUGAGGGUGUGAGGGUGGGCGUGUUGGGGUUUAGGAGGGAGGUUGAGGGUGUGAGGACUGGGGUGAGGGAGAGGGCGGAAGAGGUGAAAGGGUUGGUAGAGGAGAAGAAGAGGUUGAGGAGGGAGGCGAUGCUGGGGAGGGGGUUGUUGGAGGUUGGGGAGAGGGUUGGGGAGUUGGAGAGGAGGCUUGGUGUUGGUGGAGGUAUGGAGGAUGAGGACGAUGUCGGUGAUGAGGAUGAGGAGGAGGAAGACGAAGAGGAUGUGGAAGGUGUGCCGGUCAAGAAAUUGAGGAGGCAUGCGGAUUCCUAUCUGAUCAUUCGACUUUUGAUGGAGAAGCUGGGACCGGAGCAUCCGUUCUUGGUGGCACAGAAGUCGAGAUUGGUGGAUAUUAGAAGGACGAUGUUGCUGGAUCUGGCUGCUGCGACGAGAAAGGCGAAAAGUGUCAAAGCCUCGGAUGCGAUGCUGGCGCUCGUGCAGAUCUAUGCCGAUCUGGAAGCUCAGGCAGAGGGGAUAAAAGUGCUGAAGGGGAGCUGA